GCUCUGGCUCUGGUGACCUCCCGGAGCCCAAAGCAAAGGCUGACGCCAAGAAGCCGGAAGCUCCUGAGGAGGAGCUGGACCUGCCGAACUUGCCACCUCUGGCUGCGCCUGCAGCUGAGAACUCCGAGACGCCAGCUGUGCCUGAGGCUCCUGCGGAAGGGGGUACGACGGCCCCAGCUGAAGCAGCUGCCACUUCUCCUUCUGGCCUGCUGGCUGACCGGGUGAACGAGCACUCGCCUGCUGGCGCUGUUGCGGUGGCCAAGUUUGACUUGAAAGACUGGGUCAAGAACACUCCCAAGCUUCCUGCUUCGGUUGCUGUUUCG